AUGAUUGCUGCUAUUCCUCGCUCUGCUUCUAUUGUCCUUGUUCCUGUUACUUCCUUUGCUGGUUAUGCCACCUACGUUAGAUCUACUUCAAAGCCUUCCGAAGCUCAUAUCGAAUACAUGAAAAGCCAUACGUCACUUGAUGAAGCACUCCAAAAGAAAUGGAAGAAAGUCAAUAAUGGCCUUGGUCUUGUUGACGUCGGUCGUUCUGGUGGAGUGUGUAAUAUAAACCAGUUACAGCAUACUCUUAGCCACUCUUAA